AUGUUCCACAACAAGCACACUUGGAUCAUGACCUUUAUCUACAUCAUGUCAUUUUCCUGUUUCAUCGGAUACGCCGCUGUCUUUCCCAAACUCAUUGAGUUUGCCUACGGAAAAUCACCGGAAUGGGGAUGCAUCAUUGUCAAUCCGGAUGCACCCAAUCCAUUCUCCUAUGCGUGGAUUGGUGCGGGAGUGGGUUCCCUCUUGCGUCCCGUAGGAGGCAUGGCAGCCGAUGCCUGGGGUGGCGCCAAUUGCACAAUGGUGCUUACUCUGUGGCUCGCGGCCAUCAGCAUGUGGCUGGGUUCUCUCCUCAAAAGAACAGUUACCCUGGAUCACCCCGAAGACACAUUUGCACUGUUUGUCUUUCUCUCGUUGAAUGUGUUCAUUUCUGCGGGUGGAAUCAAUGGAACAAGUUUUCGAACCAUUGGUGUACUCUAUGAUACCAAGCUCGCCGGACCGGUCUUGGGUUGGACAAGCGCCAUGGGAAGUUAUGGUGCCUACAUCUUCCCAGAGCUCUUUGAUAUUGCCAUUGAAUCCAACAGCCCUGCAAAGACGUUCUAUGGCCUGGCAUGCUACUAUUUAAUAUGUGCCGGUCUGAAUUGGUGGACCACAAGCCGAACGUCGAGGUGUUUAGGAGGGAGGGGUCUUUCUCAGGGAGGGGAAUCCAUGCCUCAAUGGAGGUCUUGUAGAUACUAG